AUGAGACAAUUUGCCUCAGAUUCGAAUUCCAACCAUUUUCCAAAACAUCCAAGUCUAAUGUCUCUGCUAGCAGAGAAGGAUUUUAAUAGCAGCACGUUCAUAACUGUUAUUGUGCUCAUCUCAGUUGCCAUAAUAGUCACACUGACCGUUGUUCUUCUCCUCGUUUACCGGUGUACAAACAGAAGGAGAAUAAGGCUUUCACACGAGAACCCGGGAGAAUUUGCAGAUGAAAAUAUAUUGCAGGAAGAGGACGAUAGAGCAUUCCUACUAUUGCCUCCCAACGAGCAAGAACUCUACUUCCAGGCCCGUGAUUUUUUGCGGCUGAAUCCGAUCGAUGAGACCGAACUGGCCCUAUCCCAACUAUUGAACAUACAGGAGAGAGGAAUUUCAGCCUGGGAAUUUAAACCCAAUGCAAACUCCAUACAAGAAAUAGAUGUGGUGAACAAAACUGAACUAACUUUUCAUCCAACAUCUGAGGUCUCUAUCAUGUCAAAUCUACCAAUACCCAAAACGAGUGAUGUGCAUUAUUUUGAAGCCAAGAUCUACUCACUGAAAGACCCUAUUACAACACUAGUAUCUGUCGGCCUAGCUACUUCUCCAUACCCUUCUUUUAGACUUCCAGGAAGGCACAGAUACUCUUUAUGCUACGAAUCCGAUGGGUCUAGACGAUACAAUCAACCUUUCCCUCCCAAUAAAGAGAACGGUUUGAAUCACUUCCCUCGUUUUCAGGAAGGAGAUGUCAUAGGUGUUGGUUAUCGGGUUCGCUCCGGUACUAUUUUUUUCACCAGGAACGGGAAGAAACUAUCAGAGUCUAAGAUAGGGGGACAUGUCAAGAACUUCAAAUUCUCCAAGCUCUACCCCAUAAUUGGUGCCACUAGCGUUUGUUCGAUUCAUGUCAACUUGGGCCAGUAUGGGUUUGUCUACAUUGAAGCUAACGUCAAGAAGUGGGGGUUCGCUCCGUUAGAAGGUACUGGACCACCUCCCCCCGCAUAUGCUACUUUUAACAGGGAUAUACUUCUGGAAAGAUCAGAUGUCGAUGAAGAGGACCUGGAGUCCCGCAACGCCGACACCCAAUUCCCUCCAAAUUUUUGGGAUAUAGCCAACUUCAGUAGCAGUGACAACGAGAACAUUACACUCAACACUAUCGAUAGAGACGAUCCUCCACUUUACUCGGAUUAA